AUGCUGCGCAUUUUGCAACACAGCUAUUCUGCUUGGUGGCAACACGAGGGCGUUUUGGAGAUACUGCAGUCGGCCAAGGCCAUAGCAGGCAAGGACUCCGAAGACGAGAUCGACGAUAUGAUGGACACUUCGACUUUCCGCAAUAACCCAGGCUCAGAGCGCACCAAGAAAGAGUUGCUGGAUGACGUGAGUCGCAAUCGGCUUUGGGGAUACCUCGACUAA